UUCUCAGUUUCUGCCUGGUCUCUGAGAGAGCUAGUCACAAAUCCUUCUAGGUUAUCGAAGAAUCAAAUUUCACUUAUCUUCCCUUACAAGAAGACUGCAAAGUGCUCUUCGUCACGGUACAAUAAUAUUUAGAUUGUUCAACGGAAUAAGAUCAGUAAGGAAAGGAGGAGGAUAUUGAGGUUCAUUGAGACAACAGAAACUAAUUAUUCAGUCAUGAAUCAACCGAAAGAAUACGCAGCAACAAAUGCUACCCAAAUUCGUAAUAUAUUGGAACUGAUCGGCCAAUUUUCUGAAGAGUUCAGGAACAUGAAUGGUCACAUUAUCGAUAUUGGCUGUGGUCCUGGAAAUACCACGAGAGAUAUACUAGUCCCAUGUGUGGGCAGGGAUGCUGUCAUUGUUGGUGCUGAUAUAUCUCCAUCAAUGAUUGAGUAUGCAGAACAGCAUUAUGCAGUGGCUGAUAAAUUGUCAUUCGUUCAAUUAGAUAUGCAAACGUCUGAGCUGCCAAAACAAUUGAUCGAACAAUUUGAUCAUGUAGUUUCGUUCUAUGCCCUCCAUUGGUGUAAGAAUACGAAGCAAGCAUUACAGAACAUCCACCAACUCCUUCGACCUGGGGGUAAAGCCAUUAUUCUAACCAUUUCCCAUCACAUGAUAUACGAGAUGUAUCCGGAACAGGAAAAGGAUCCAAGAUUUGCACCAUACAUGCAGAAUUCAGAUAAGUGGACACCUCCUCACCAGGGUCGUGCUGAUGCUGACGAGAUGAUGAAGAAGGAUCUACUUGCCGCUAAUUUCAAAGUAGAAUACUGUGUUAACAAAUGGGAAACGUUCACGUAUCCAAGUUUGGACACUCUAGUUGAUCUGGUGAUGGCUGUUAAUCCAUGUGUAAGUCAAAUGCCAAAGGAUAUCCAGAAAGAAUGCAGAGAAGAUAUGAAGAAACGUCUCGGGAGCAAGUGUGUUUCCAGCAAAGGAGAUUCCACUGUAGAUUGUCGCUUUUCGGUACUCACAAUUGUAAUCCAAAAACCCAAACAAUCAGCGGAAAUUAAUUAACAGAGAGCUUUGAUUGUUGUUUAGAAAAAAAGCUAAGAGUUUUUUUAAUUAAAAGAAAAAUACUGGAAAUUCCAAAUUUCUCGACAGUACAACUUGAAUUUUCGUUUGGCACGUACACAUUGAAUUGAUUGAAUGCAAUUAAAUUAGUUCAGAGUAGAUUGGAGUCUCAAAACCAUCGCCUUCCAAAAUUUGGCAAAUUCCAUUCAUAUUUCAACGACUGAUCGAGUUUUCAAAGUGAUUUUAGAAAUCGAAUUAACCCAAUACGGCCUCUAUAUUUAUUUAAAAAAUAAUACGAUUAUUAGAAAAACGAAAAAAGCUAGAGGAUAAGACUUCGUGAAUUCUAUAAUUACUCCGGAAUUUUCUAUUUUUAUUAAUCCACAAAAUAAAAUAUCUGAAUGUUUCUAUGUAAUUGCAUGUGCUAGUCGCAUGCCCUU